AUGGGGCAUGGGUGGGAACAUCAAAAGCAUGGAUCGGAUUUGGUGAGACAAUUUUUUCAAAGAGUGUCAAAAGAAAAAAAUAUAGACUUUGAAGAUUUGGGUUCCAUAAAGGAUAGGCUAUAUCAUAAGAAGUUGCUUAUAGUUCUUGAUGAUGUGGAUGACUUGGAUGUCUGUAAUUCUUUACUUGAAGAUCGUCAUGCUUGGUUAAAUUCUGAAAGUAAAGUUAUCAUAACAAGUAGAGAUCAACAAGUGAUUCAAAAUAGUAUUGGAGAUGGUGAUGAAAAGAUGAUAUAUCGUCUGGACAUACUAAAAGAAAAGAAAGCUCUUGAACUCUUCUAUUUGCAUGCUUUCAAAGGUAAAGCUGUUAAUCAAAACUACAAAGAACUGUCGGAGAAGUUUGUAGAUUAUGCUCAAGGUCUUCCACUUGCUCUCAAAGUUUUGGGUUCUCAACUGUAUUUAAAGAAAGAAAAAGAGAAGAACAUAUUUCUUGAUAUAGUAGGUUUCUUCAGAGGGAAAAAUGAAAAUUAUGUGAAAGAUGUGUUGGAUGCUUGUUAUGGUAGUUCGUAUGAUAUCGUUAUUGAAGUUCUUGUUGACAAGUGUUUGAUAACUAAAUCUAAGGAUUAUUUUGGUGAAAAAAGUUUUAUUAUACUUGAAAUGCAUGAUUUGUUGCAAGAAAUAGAAAUUAAAGGAAUAUUUAUUGAUGAUUAUGGCAUACAAGGAGAAGGAGAGAUAAAAUUGGACCCUUUAGUCUUUAAAAAAAUGUCAAGUCUAAAAUUGCUUGAACUAUCAACCAAUUAUUAUGGUCAGAAUAUUCCAUUUCAGCUUCCUCAUGGUUUAUACUCUUUUCCUAUAAAGCUUAGAUAUCUUCAAUGGCGUGGCUACCCUUCGAAAUCUUUAGGGUCAAAAUUUACAUUGUGUAAUCUUGUUCAUCUUAUUAUGCCUUCGAGCCAGCUUGAGAAACUAUGGGAUGGAUUUCAGGGUCUUAAAAACUUAAAACAUGUCAAUCUUCGUUACUCAAAUAAGUUAACUUGUCUCUCAAAUCUCUCCAGAGCAAAUCUUUGUCACAUGGACCUGGGAUUUUGUAGAAGUUUGGUUGAGCUUUCUCCUUUAAGGUUUCACAACGUUCAUGAUGGCAAACUUGAUCUCGUUGGGUGUUGUAAUCUGAGAAUUGUUUCAGAGAUGUUUGGUAAUAUCAAACUCAUAGAUUUGUCUUCGACGAAAAUUGAAGAAUUACACUCUUCCAUUGGCUCUCUUAAGAAUCUUCAUGAGCUCAAUCUCUCUUAUUGUAAACAUCUCAAGAAGCUUCCCAUCAAUAUUUGUUAUUUUGAAUCAUUACAAGUUCUACAUAUGAGUGGAUGUGUGUCCAUCGACAAGUUUCCAGAGCUUCCCAAAAAUAUAAAAGAAUUAGAUUUAAGUUAA